AUGGGCCUGAAAAAGCGCCGCAUCACCGCCAACGACCGCAACUACUCUGGCGGGUCGUUCAAUUUGAAGCGAGGCGCAGUGGCCCCACUGGCCAACACGAUGGCGGCCAUUGGGGAGGGCGAGGCACCUGCACCGACCCGUCCAGGUUUGUUGGCCACGAAAGCAUCCUCUAGCAGAACGGUUGACCAAGUGAAGCCGUCGACAACCGUCGGGGCGGCAUCUCCUCACGCAGAGCCUGGCAUCCUUCGACGCAUCAGCGUGGGGCUAGUCAAGUUGUUUUCCGACAAGUCGCUGGAUGCUUCAAACUCGACGGCGGCGACGACGACGAGCCCGACGACCGCUGCAGACCAAGCAGCCGCGACUUCACAGCAGCUCUGUUCGGUGGCAGAGCCUGCAAACGCCAACGAAGAAGGGGAUGGUAGCGUCAUGGCCACAGACGAUGGGAGAAGCCGGAGCGGCUCGCUCGGGAAAGCUAUCCGACGUCUGAGCAUCUCCAUGGCCCAUCGAAUUGCCGACGCCAUGUCAUCUGCAGACCCGUCGCACCCCACAACGGGGACGGAAAGCCCGGUGCGCGGGCGAAGCAUGUCGGUGACAGAGACGUUUGUCGCGAUGAUCCAUCGCGGGCCCGUCGAUCGCUUCGGCCAAGGCAACGUCACGACCACGGGGCAGGACGCAUCCUUUGUUGACGAGGGGCUGCACGUCCUCAUCGACGCAGCCCCCGACUCGACAGCGUUCGCACAAACGUUGCUGGACAAAGUCACCGACAUGAUGACGGCAUACACCAAGAGCGACGACUUUCUGUUGUGUGUCAACUCGCAGCAAGUCGCAGGGGAGCUCAAAACGCGACUCGGUCAAGCGGUCGCUGCAGUCCAGACCAAACCCGACGCGACUGCGGCCGAUGCCGCGGCGUCCGUCGGCGUCGCCGUCAUGCAUCGCCAUCCAAAAGACAACAUUGCUCGGUUGCACGUCCUCAACAUCGGCAACACCAAGACAAUCGUCGUGCGGCGGCAUGAAAUCACGUUCGAGUCGUCAUCGCUCAUGCUCGGGUUCAACCGACCGCUGCGGGUGCUCUCAACAACGCCGAGUGCUGCGCCCGCAACCACAACGCCAUCUUCCCCGCCAACCAUGCUCUACGACAUGUACCAACUCGAGGCCGGCGACGUCGUUGUGUCCUGCACGGAUGGCAUCACGAACAACUUGUACGCGAACGAGAUCGUCGAGACGAUCCAGGUCGUGUCCAAGUACCGCCACUCGAGCUGGGACUGGGUCGCCCAAGAGAUCGCCCAAGUCGCUGUGACUCGAUCGGACGACCCGUUGAACCGCCAGAGCCCGUUUGCAAAGGAAGCGGCCGCCGAACUCUAUCGGUGCAUCGACCAUGACCCCGACCUCCUCGGCAUGUACGCUUCGCUCCUGCGCCAGGAUGUGAACCUGACCAAGACCGCGCUCUUCCGCAACACCAACAUCAGACAAGGCGACGACGUGUCGCUCGAUCAGCUAGCGCAGUGGGCGAGAGCUAUCGUCGGAACUACCGACGACGCCACCGUCGUCAUUUCCACCGUGUAAAAACAACGUGUUUGUUC